GUCCUUGAUCGACGUACUCAUUGCACAUUGUGCGACACCUUCUGACGCAGGAACAUCAUACACGGAAGCGGAUCUCGAAGGAAAGGCGUUGUCGUCAAUCAUCUUCAUGCAUUAUAAUAACGUAAGUUGCUUUAAGGAUUCUCUCCUUUGCGAAUUUAUCUCGUCUUUGAAUAUCGUCAAAUCCGACAUCACUCGAGGUGUUGAGAAGAAACUCCAGCAGCCAACAGGCUGAUGAAGAAUGCAAUUUGUUCUUGCGUAAGAUUUUUUUGUUUGUCGCAGACAACGAAGUUACUCCAUUGUCAACUAGAUAAUAUCUGAGAAUAAAACAUUGCGAAGCUAUGACAUGACCACAUUAGGCAGCUCUAAAAUCUCCUUCAAAAGAGAGGUCCACCCAUUGUUCGAUCUACAAGUGGGCCUAAUGCAUACGUUUGUGACAGUCGUUGCCCACCCAAAAGGUUUUGUCUCUCGCUAGUUGGGUCGCUAUUGUUUAUUCUAACCGUACCUGUAAGUGAAGUGGAGGACUCUGAUCUGUCCGCAUGUUCCUGGCUCACCAAAAGCCGUCCGCUUAGUACACCCCAACACCCCGUUUCCUCAUAUUACUUUUGUCACUUAUGCAAUUGCGGCAUUUCAUUGAGAACAGUACAGCAGUGACAGUCUUAGCUGAACGAAGUGUUCACCAUUCUGUUUGGGACCAACGGGGUCGUGGGACUUUGUCCACAACCGCUGACCCCAGGGUCUCGUCCUCCUCCUCCAUUCAUGGACCGAGCAUCGCUUGGGAAUCUCGGGCCGGGUUGGAAUCCUCCAGCUGCAGGUUCGCUGGGAAGAGAGCGAUGGGCGCCCUCUCACUUUUUGGCGUCUGAGGCAGGUUGGCCACAUAUCUAGAGUGCAGUCCUCUUUGUUUGUCCGCUAAUGGCGAAGGAGUCCACGAAGGGACAGGGCAAGCAUGAAUGAAUGGUAUCAUAUACCGCCGAACAAAGCGAUCUGAUGCAUUGCUGCCAACAAUCAGACUGAUGGAAGAGUCAUUCGAAGGCAGGCGAGGAGAUAAAAGUAGGAUCCCAGAGAUGCAAGACUCCAAAUAUAUCAUAUUCUUCCGAGAGAAAGUUCCAGUAAUUAGCGGACUAGAAUGGCAAGUUAGGGCUUCAUAUCCAGCACCUGAUCUUGUAUACUUCCAGCCACGGAAUGAAUGGUGAGUCACCUACGGUAGUCAAGGGACAGACUGACAAAUUUGAACUGAAGCUGAUCGACCAUAAAGCGCUAGCAAAUGUUGUCAGCCUGAGUUGAACACUUCAAUAUGUGAGCAGUUUUGAGUGAAAAGUGAUUUCAUAGAGAUGAUAUGGGCAUUUAACUCCACACGUAUUAUUCAUAUAGUGUGUGACUUGCUGUUUCAACUGUUUCAGGAAUCAAUAUGGUCUAUGAAAAGGUUAGUGUGGUGUCCUCACACCGCUGUCAUGACAACAUAAGACGAAAUUCCACCUUUAUCUUUUAAAAAACUCAGUAUCAAUAUUCCUCUUUCCUGUUGUUUGUGCAUAGGCAGUAACAUCCCCGGUGGAAUGUAUUUGAGAACCAUUGAACCUCCGCACAAUCUCGUCCACUACUACUUAAUAUGCUUAGACAAAGUGCGAGAGUUCACACUGACCACGAGAUGGUGUACUAGAUAAAAUUUUACACACCACUAUUUACAGUUGCCUUUGUAAUUGAC